AUGGAUUUACAAAGGCUGAACGAAACGGCUGCGUUUUUCGGGUGUCUUGGAACUCUGAAUGCCACAACUUUGAACAGGACCUCGAACCUGAGCCUCGAGCUUACUAACAGCAGCACCACCUGUGGAGACGCGCCCUUGAUACCUACAGCUCAGCCAGCGCGCGCGAAAGAAAUAGAUUUCCUGAGGAUACUGCUCUACUCUCUGAUAUUCCUGCUCAGCGUCUUUGGGAAUCUGCUGAUUAUUGUGGUUCUGGCUGUGAAUAAGAGGAUGCGGACGGUCACCAACUCCUUCCUGCUCUCUCUGGCCGUCAGCGACCUCAUGAUGGCCGUUUUCUGCAUGCCCUUCACGCUGAUCCCCAACCUCCAGGAGGACUUCACCUUUGGGGCUGCUAUGUGCAAAAUUGUGGCCUAUCUAAUGGGAAUUUCCGUCAGCAUAUCCACCUUUAGUCUGGUUGCCAUAGCAAUUGAGAGGUACAGCGCCAUCUGUAAUCCUCUUAAGUCACGUGCCUGGCAGACCCGUUCCCAUGCCUACAAAGUCAUCGCCGUGACGUGGCUCCUGUCCUUCCUCCUCAUGAUUCCAUACCCCAUCUUCAGCACCCUGGUCAAGGUCAACAAAACCAACAAAACCACUGCCCACAUGUGUCGUCACGAAUGGCCCAAGAACCAGGUGGAGCAAGCCUGGUGCAUCCUCUUGCUUUGUGUUCUCUUCUUCAUUCCUGGAGUGGUCAUGAUCAUAGCGUAUGGUCUUAUAUCCAGAGAACUUUACCGUGGUAUCCAGUUUGAGCUGGAACAAAAGAAAGAACAAGAAGGUGUGAAGAACGGCCUGAGCGUCGCCGCCGCCUCCUCCUCCGGCGACGACGGCGACGGCUGUUACAUCCAGAUGUCCAAGAGACCCAACUCCAUGGAGAUGUCUACGCUGACCUCCGCUGGACCCGCCAAGGUGGACCGGCCUCGGAGCAACACGUCAGAGGCCAAGCUGAUGGCCAAGAAACGCGUGAUACGCAUGCUGAUCAUCAUCGUGGCCAUGUUCUUCAUCUGCUGGAUGCCCCUGUACUCCGUCAACACCUGGAAAGCGUUUGACCUGCCCUCUGCCUAUCGGGCUCUGUCUGGAGCUCCCAUCUCCUUCAUUCACCUGCUUUCCUACACCUCUGCCUGCGUCAACCCCAUCAUCUACUGCUUCAUGAACAAGCGUUUCCGAAAGGCGCUGCUAGCGACCUUCGCCUGCUGCUGUAGGCCCUGUCGGAGGAGGGGACUCAGAGAGGGGGACGAUGAUGUCACGGCAACGGCGGUGUCCAUGUCCAAAUUUACCUACACCACCGUUAGCAGCAUGGGGCCGUGCUGA